GAACAGACAGAUUGUUUUAAUCUUCGAAUUUCGCUUGUUAGAACUUCCAGACAGACAAACACAAUAAAUUUAAUCCCUUAAACGGUACUCAUCUUUCCGCUAAUCCUUAACGUAAACAACAAUAACUAAACUCUUAAUCAACUUUAUAAAGCUACUUUACGUAUCACAUUGUUGUGAAGAAAAACCUUUGAAAAUUAAUCGAAGUAACUUUAAACUUUUUUACGACAUCAGAGGUCGUGUCGUUUGAUCUACGUGACCAUUUAACGUUGACCACUAGUAAACGGGAGAGGUGCGAAGCCGACCAACAAAUGGGUUCUAAAUUAGGCAUAUUGAAAAAGCCCCGUUAACGCCUUUUGUAGCGGGGCGUGAUAACUCGGACCACUUGAACAAAUCAACCCAGUGCCGCUCUUCCACCGAAAACGCCACGCCCAUUUUUAAAACGUAGAGUCAAAGAUGAUAAAAAGAAACUAUUUGUAAACAAAAUAAAGAUUGGAAGAAAUUUGAUGUAUUGCUGAUGGUGAUUAUUCUAUUUUGUGAAGAAAGAGAGAAAAGUUGACAGUAAAUGCUAAGAAUGUCUGAUUCAGAGGAUGAACAUACAGAGUUUGUAGAUAUUAUGAAUGAUGAAGAAGAGGAAUACCAAAUAGAAGAUGAUAAAAAAUUAAAAUCAACGUCCAGAAAACGUAAAACAAGCUACACUCUGCGAGGACUAGACCCCGAGGAAAUAACGGAGUUGCGGGCCAAGAUAAAUAGCCGAGAACGAAAGAGGAUGCACGAUCUAAAUUUGGCUAUGGAUAACUUACGUGAAGUUAUGCCGUACGCCAAAGGACCAUCCGUACGUAAACUAUCCAAAAUUGCUACACUGACCCUCGCCAGAAACUACAUCCAAACUCUGACUAAGUCAGUGGACGAAAUGAAACGGCUAUUGGAUGAAAUCUACCGUUCCUCGGCUUCGAACCAGCGCCAGUCCGCCACUACUGUACCGUUACCGUACAUUCAUACACCUGGGACCUCGCUCUACGGACCUGCAGCCUAUCCCCUCCCCCUGCCCAGCGGCUACCCCCCGUCCUUUGGACACAGUCUGAGACAUUCGGUGCCUCCCCAUUUGUCCUCUUGUUCUUCAUUCUGUUCUUGCAGAACAUCGUCAUCUUCUAGUUUUCGACCUUCAGCUCCGAUGCUGCAAUCGGCGUCACAGAGACAUGUGAUUCAACCACCUUUAUAAAUCAGUUUCCAUUUCCAUACUUCAUUCAUCGGACUUCAUAGCAUUUUAUUUUACUGAUUAUGUGGAUAUAUAUUUCUAAUGAGUGACAUAUUCAAAGACUUUUUAUUAGUGCUAACUCA